CAUGGCUUACUUGGUAAACUUCACAAGCGACAUAUUGCUUUUCAAUUGAAUGCAAAUUAACAUGUUAGAAAUCUUACUUUGAUAAAAGGUAUUUCGUACCGGUUUACCUUUUCAAGCUUCAUUUAUUAAGCAUAUGUUAUUUAGUGAUUCCAAGUUAUGUAUUUUAUAAGAUAUUUUCCUACUUAUUUUAUGUUCACUCCUCUGCCUAUGUUAAUGUUGACUUACUGUAAGUGUAAGUCCUAAUUCUAAUAUAUAAUAUAUUUUAUUAAAUUUGCUUCUUCUUCUGUAUUACUAGUAUUAGUCUUCUAAUAAAAGUUCUACAAAGACUAAGUCAGUCUAAGUAACUCUAAGUUAAAGAUACCAUUACUGCUUAAGUUAAGUCUAAUAGUAAUAGUAAUAGGCCUCUACAACUAACUUCUGCUUAGACAGACUUACCCUUACUUAACAAACACUCUAUUUCUAUCUAAGUCUAGUUACUAAAUAAGUUAGAUUUUCUAAUUUAAGUCUAAGACUUCGUCUUCACUAGUGACUAGUGGGUUACAUGCGUGCGGUUUUCCCCCAGGACAUGUCCUCAUUUUUAGGCUCCUGUCUCCUUCACGAUGGUGAAGACUUCACAGGAUGAAAUCCACAAGGCCUGGGAUUAUUCUUGUAGGAUUAUAAUCUGGUACCUAACAGGAAAUCGAAUCUCUCCACGCUGCUGGUCAAACCCAAAGGAACACCAUAUGGAUGAUACAGAUAGGCACCAGUGGCGUCGCAGGAGUUGUCAGAAUGUUUCAUUGUACCAAUGCUAUCCGCGUAGGAGACUCCAUCCAGAGUUUGAAUUCAGAGUUUCCUUCCAAGGUUAACGAGUCUCAUCAACCUGGGGGGAUGGUGAUGUUUUUGCUUGGCUGUACUUUUGGCUGGAAUUGAACUCUAGACCACCAACUUGAGAUUUGCUCAGUUUAGACCAGUAGCCUAUUAGACCUAACUUAAACAGUAGUAUUUUACAUAGACUUUCGGGUUCCAGAAGUCAAUUUUGUAAACAUAACGCAUAACUCUAAUGGUAUGCAAGUUCUUGAUAAUUGCUAAAUAAUUGAUUUUUCAAGGUAAAUAAAAAUAUUUUAUUUAAAAAUGCAGAGCAUAAGACAUUUACAGAUGCAUUGAAAACUCAAUCCCAGGUUUUUGUGCAGGUUGAUAUGACUGGGAGCUGAAUGCUUGAAAUUAGGCAGCAGAACUUAUAGUUAUAUUAUCUCUGUUGCCAAUUAGGGUGCACUGAAUUUAAAGGCGCACAUCAAAGCGCUGAAGAAACUUGAUCUACCAAAGUUAUCAAAAUAAUCUGGCUCGAAAAGCAGUAGAGACCGACCGAAAGUGGUUUUCUGAUUUCGGCCAAAGCCGAAAAUAGGCCGAAAGUUUAAAAUGACUUUCGGCCGAAACCGGAAAAAAGGCCGAAAGUUUAAAAAUGACUUUCGGCCGAAACCGAAAAAAGGCCGAAAGUUAAAAAUGAAUUUCGGCCGAAACCGAAGACGAAACCGAAAAUGAAAUAUUAAGAUAUUUUGAAAUUCUUUCUCGCAUACAUUCUGCAUUAAUCGAAAAUGAUGUGAGAAAGUAUAAAUAUUUACAUUCUUUUUAUAAAAAUGAGAUAAUCGUAAAUAUUAAUAAAUAAACAUCUAAUAUAGGGGUCUCAAACUCGCGGCCCCGCGAGCCAUUUGUGACCCGCAAGACGAUAUUUUGGGGCUGCUACAUGGCAGAAAAGUUUAGUUUAAAUGCGCCGGCCCGUUUCCCCAAUUCUCAUAUCUAUAACGUGGCUCUCCGCGACGGUUUCAGUCGAAUCUCACCGACUAGUCUAACUCUGAUUUUUUUUUUUUUAUGUUUCUAUAUAUUUUUGUAUGCCAGGUAUCUGGCAACAGCGAGUAGUUCUUGACAACCCUUAAUGAUUGUAACAGUUGUAAUCGCUUUUUUGUGGAUUACUUGAUGCGGCCCACUCUCAUUCAGACACUACCUCCUGCGGCCCCCUGAUGAUUUGAGUUUGACACCCUUGAUCUAAUUAAUACUUUGGAUUUUACCAUUUUAAUAUAAAAGUAAUUUAAAUUGCUUUACAAUUUUUUUUUUUAAUUCGUAUGGUAGGAGAAAAUUUGGCAAAAAAUUAAAGGGGGGGGGGAGGGGGGGGAAAUUAAUGCAAAAUAUAAUUUUUUUAAACAGGGUCUCUAAAAAAUGUGGUUCUAAAAGAUCGCUUAACUUGUUUUUAAAGAUCGUUUAGUUGGUUGUUAUUGAUCGGUUAGUUUCUUCUUAAAGAUCGAUGCGUUUGUUCAUAAAGAUCGCUUAGUUUGUUGUUAAAGAUCGUUUAGUUUGUUGUUAAAGAUCACUUAGUUUGUUGUUGAAGAUCUUUUAGUUUGUUCAUAAAGAUCGCUUAGUUUGUUGUUAAAGAUCGCUUAGUUUGUUGUUGAAGAUCACUUAGUUUUUUCAUAAAGAUCACUUAGUUUGUUCUUAAAGAUAAUUAAUUUUGUUCCUUAAGAUCUACUAGUUUGUUCUUAAAGAUCGUUUAGUUUGUUCCUAAAGAACAUUUAGUUUUCUGUUAAAGAUCGCUUAGUUUAUUCUUAUAAAUCAUUUAGUUUACUAUUAAAAUAAUUUGUUUUGUUCUUAAAGAUCAUUUAGUUCGGUCUUAAUAAUCUUUUAGUUUGUUCUAUAAGAUCGUUUAUUUUGUUAUUAAAGAUCGCUUAGAUAGUUCUUAAAGAUCGCUUAGUUUGUUUUAAAUAUCGUUUAGUUUGUUCUUAAAUGUCCCUUAGUUUGUUGUUAAAUAUCGUUUAGUUUGUUCUCAAAGAUCGCUUAAUUUGUUCUUAAAUGUCACUUAGUGUGUUGUUAAAUAUCGCUUUCGCUGAGUAUUAAAUGACCGAAAACCUUAGUCACUUUUGGCCGGAUGGCCGAAAGUCUAAGUCAAUUUCGGCCGAAACCGAAGAAAAACCGAAAGCUAACUUUUCUCUUUCGGCCGAAACCGAAAUUAAGCCGAAAGUUAACUUUUCACUUUCGGCCGAAACCGAAACUUGGCCGAAAGUGAUAACAUUGCCACUUUCGGCGCCGAAACCGAAGCCGAAGCCGAAAUUCGGUCGGUCUCUAAAAAGCAGUGAAUCUUUUUCAGCAGCUGAAGGCAUAUUGUCGUUUCACCCUGUCAAGCACCAUCAAAGCUAUAAAUCAAUAAUAUAAUUCAAUGUAAUGUAAUUUGUGUUAAACACUCGCUAAUUCUAAUACAAGUUUUUUAUUAAAAAUAUUUACAAUAAAAACUUUAGUUUAUGUAGUUUAACUUUAAUUUUAUUUGUAUAACACUUAAGAUUGGCAUAGACCUGAAGCCAGCUAUAGGUUGGUAACCGAAUUGGAUGAAAAUUUUGAGUGUCUUCUUUUUCAUCUUAGGACUUAUGGCAAUCCUAAUUGGUACUAUCUUGUAUACUCUCUAAUCUAGACUAGGCGUAGGAGUACUAACAAAUAGUUGGAAUAAAUGAAGUAAUACUGAACUGAAUACUGUAGACCAAAUGUAUGAGUAAUUAGUAAUACUAUUAGUUAUAAGUAAGUAGUAGUAGGGCCAAGAUUCUAGAAAAGGGCCAAACAUGAAAAUUUGGCUAAUGUAUACCAGUAGGCUUGAGAAGGCUGGCCUAAUUUUUGUUUAAUAAUUUAAAUAGUUUUGGGUGGCUUGUUUUAAUUUUAUCAAAAUUUAGAGGCCUGCUAGUAUAAUAUUUUGACAUUUUUAAGCUAUAAAUAACUCAAAACCAUCUCUACCGUACUAUAUGGUAUAUUUUGCAAGCUUCUUGACAUUGUGUGGCAGUAUGAAAUCACUGACUGAAAUCAGAUGGGCUGGACUUUUUGUGAGAAUGCCAGACAGCAGACUGCCAAAACAACUAAUGUACUGUGGACUAUUUAGAGAGAACCGCUUAGCUGGAACAUGUGGGCUAAAAAUAUGUUUCAAAGAUUGCUUGAACGUCACCCCAAAUCAAUGGAUAUCACAAGUUGGUGAGGCAGAGAGAGUACACAUACUGCUCAUGUCCAAAGAAAACACACAGCAAGGAAAAGCAGAAUUGCCUCCACCUGGCCUUCCACUAGUACCGGAAAACAUUGGUGUCCUACAUGUGGGCAAGUUUUCCAGACACAAAUGGGACCCACAAGCCACCUGUGUUCCAUGAUGUCAAUAUAGCCUCAGUCAUCUUCACAUGGGAAGGACGAACAGCACAAUAAUGUUUUAAACUUAAAAUAAUGUUAAAUUUAGGUUCCAUGAUUUUGCGCUAAAUGCGGUAUGACUACGUUUACCAUUAGGGGCCCGAAGCCAUAGUUGCAAAAUCAUCAUUAACAUAGGCCGCAAGCUGUGUUUAUUAUUUAUCACAACAGUAAAAUUAACUUUCAUGGAGAGAUACUAACUUUUGUUAUUACAUCAGCAUCGUUGUUUUCAAAUGUUUUUGUUGACAACUUACUCAAUUCUAAAAUAAGUUAUGGUCUCAAUUAUGUAGCCUUCUACUCUGCAGCAAAUAGACUCUCUUACCCCUGCAUUUCUAAAAUGUUGAAGGUGCUGGCAACAACUAUUAAAGAAUUGAAGAAAAUAAUAUAUAAUUAAAAGAUUUGUUAUAAAAUACACCUAAAAUAAUUUUUAAAUGUUUUUAAUUUCAGAUUCCAAUAUUUGAUCUGCUCAGUUUAAAAAAGAGAUGAGUAACCAAUAUGGAGGUAAUAAAAACCCACCAUGGGCAAGACAAGGUAAAUGACAUAGCAAUUUUAAAUUGAGUUUUUAUUAAAUUAAAAAAAUAAAAAUAAGGGUUGCAAUGAUGAAUCAGCAGAUAUUUAUUAAUGGUGUACAAGUAAAAGACAAUGGAGCAAAGUCCUUGUAAUCCAUCCAUCCCUGUGGCCCUACAGCCCAUGUAGGGCUUUAGCCUGCCUCACCACUUCCUUCCACUUAGACCUAACUGAUGCUUUUCUUUUCCAUGCCUGGAUUCCCAGCUGCUUUAGAUCUUUUUCCAUAUCAUCCAUCCAUCUAAGCCUAGUUCUGCCUUUGAACCGUUUUCCUCUAGGGUUUUGGUGAUGUAGGCUCUUCACUCCUCUCUCAUUUGGCAUUCUUUCUAAGUGUCCAGCCCAGUGAAGCCUGCCCUUUUUUAUUUUUGCUUCUAGCGUAGGAUAAUUAUGUCUUAUGUAGUCAUACAAUUCCUGGUUGGCUCAUAUUCUCCAUUCAUACUCAUGUGUUUAAUAGGUUUUUCGACAUUUUUUUAGUUUCAAGUUUCACUUGCGCAUGUUACAAUAGGUCUACAGUUUUAUAAAUAGUUUUCUUCGUAUAACUCUCUUUAAUUUUAGGUUAAAUAACAUACAUGACAGUGAGUCUCCUUGUCUAAUUUGAAAUCCCCUUGAAUAUUCUCCCUGAACCUUGAUUUUGCUUUUUGAGUUGUUUAAUGUUUAUGUUUCAGUCUUGUCAGUUUGUUGGGUAAGCCAAACUCAUGCAGAGUCUCAUAUAGAUAUUUUCUUUGAUGCUGUUAUAGGCUGUUUUAUAAUCAACAUAGAGUUGAUGUACUGGGAUAUUAUAUUUGUUACAUUCUCUAAUAGGCAUCUGAUGUUGACAAUCUGAUUAUUUGUUGAUCUGUUUUUUCUGAAUCCUUAAUAGUAGUCACCUAGCAUGUGUUCAGUGCAAGCUUGGAGUCUUUUGGCACUUAGUUUUGUCAGUAUUUUGUAUGUAACAUUUAAAAGGGGGAUUCCUCUGUACUUUGUGCAUUGAAGUUAGGAGCCUUUCUUAUGUAUUAGGGUUAUUAAUGCUGUUACCCUAUUUGUUGGAAUGUUCUCUUCUUGCCAAAUUUUAGUUAUAAGUUUAUGUAUCCCGAGUGUGUAGUUUUCUUAAUCCAUAUUUAAUAAGUUUUGCUGUGAUGAGGCCUUCUCCAGGGGUUUUGUGGUUUUUCAUAGGAUUGAUUUCUUCUUUAGUUUCUUCCCAAGUGGGGGAGUUUAUUAAAAGGUCUGGUCCUCCAUGUGGUGGUUGAUAAUCUUCACCUUGUCCAUUGUCUGCAUUUAGUAUGCCUUCAAAAUAUUCAGCCCACCUCUCCAGCACAUAUGUCUACUAUUUGAGUUUUAUUUCAUUUAUGUUACUUAUUCUAGUUUAGUAAUGAUUAAAGAAAUAAAAGGAUUUUAUUUAUGAGAAUGAUAUAUUUUUGUUGAUUUUUAAUAGCUUCGAAGGAUACAUUUAGUUAAAUUGAUACUGUUUCUAAUAAUAAAGACUUUUUAAUUUGCAAGAUGAUGGUGUAGCAAGUUGUUAUGUGCAUGAUUGGUUUUACACAAAUUUUUACUUAAGAAUAUUUAUAAAAAAAAAACACAAAUUUUUAUUGUUCUAACAUUGUUUAUUCACAGAAAUGGAAUCAGUAUUUCUCAUCCUUGAACUGCUAUUUAAUAAAAUAAAAUUAGCUUUAAUAAUUUUGAAAAAUUUGGAUUAAAUCUUGACCGUAAUUUGUUUUCAAGAAUAAAAAAUUUGAAUUUUCUUAACAGUCUGGAAGUCUAAGUUGUAUCUUAACCGGUACUGACAAUCUUAAAUUCAGCCGAACAAAAGGAUUAGGUCACAAAAUUCAUCAUUUGCACAGAACCAUACAUGACUAUAUUUGCAGCAAUAUCUGGCGAGUUCAUGUGUGAUUACACAAAGCUAGAAUUUAAAAAUCUUGCUGUGAUAAUUUUUAAAACCUUUGAUGAAAUUAAUUAAAAUUCAUAGAUUAUCCCACAGACAGUAUUUAGCCUGUUUAUGGGCUCCUAAUCUCAGGAUAAUUAAUGUAUCUAUAUUCUACCAAGAACCCUCCCCCAUAUGCACCAGUAUGCAAAAUCUCUUAAAUCAAUAACACCUCCCCCCCCCCCUUCCACUUAAAAGCAUAUCAUUACUUAAUAUAUGCCCAUAUGCACCAGUAUGCAAAAUCUCUUAAAUCAAUAACACCCCCCCCCCCCCCUUCCACUUAAAAGCAUAUCAUUACUUAAUAUAUGGAUUGGCCAUAAACAGUCAUUUUCUAGUUGCUUAACUAUAAAGCACUAGUUUUCCUGUAAAUUAUUGCAUGGCACUUGGACUUGUAUGCUGUCACCCUCUUAGGUUUGGGAUAUGCUUAAGAAUGGCAACUUCUGGCAGGUUACACAUCCAUUUAGAGCUUUAUUGACACGGGUACAAUCAACUUUGGGUAUGGAGACUAGAGGUCAACUACCGGAUCCAAAUGUUUAAUUACCCACUUUUCUUCACUCAUGUUUAAAAAUAAUUGAUAAAUUAUUAGUUGUCGUCCCGGGGUUUCCCAUCACGGCCGUGAAGUGUCAACCAAGAUGGCGGCCAAAAAGUAGUGCAAAACACGUUAUGAAACUACUGGGGAGGGGAAACCCCUCCCCAUACCCCUCCCCCCACUUUAAAUACCAAAAUCAGAAACAAAGAAAUUAUCCGGGGAGGGGAGAUCGUUAAAAAACGAUAACAUUUUAAUUGCUUGAUUAUUUAUAAUUAUCAUUGGUUGGCUAAUUAUCAUAUUUUAUUUGUGCCGCCAUAUUUACAACAUGUUAGCCUAAUGCCGGCUGUUGUGCUCUACCCAUUUGUGCAUAUUAUUUUUCUAUGGAACCUGAAAUAAAGUGUGUAAAAGUGUAUUUCAUGAAACUGUAAGUUGGGUUUUAAUUAUUUCUUAGUUUUUUAAUUAUUUUUGGCCAUUUUUUUUUUUUUUUUUUUUCAUUUUUAUUGUUUAUGCCACUUCCACAGUGUUUAAAUUCCAUGUGUUUUUACUUGUGGCUUUAGGCUUUGUGUAGAUUUUUUUUUUUUUUUUUUUUUUUUAUUUUGUGUGUUUUAUUUUUUUUUUUUUUUUUUUUUGUUUGUUUUUUAUUUUUUUUUUGUUUUUUUUUUUUUUUUUGCCUUUUUUUUUUUUUUUUUUUUUCAUUUUCAUAGUUUAUGCCACUUCCACAGUGUGUAAAUUCCAUGUGUUUUUACUUGUGGCUUUAGGCUUUGGGUAGAUAAUUUCUUUGUUUCUGAUUUAGGUAUUUAAAGUGGGGGGAGGGGUCUGGUGAGGGGUCUCCUCUCCCCAGUCGUUUCAUAACGUGUAGAUGCAAAAAUAACUAAUUUUGACCUUACCACCGGACACUCGGAGUGCAUCAAAGAAGACGACAAGUGACGUAACGUUUAAGCACUCCUUUCUAUAUCCGCAUAAUUUUAAAGAACCCUUUAAGAAAAUUAAUUUCUCCAUUUUUCAUUAAUAUUUCUAACAUUCUAACAUUUCCAAACUCUGAGCAUGAAUUUUAAAUGCAUAAAAUUUAACUUUUAAAAACCUAAAAGUUUAACUUUUCUUUUAAUCUUGGUUAAUUAUUCACAUGUGCACAUGAAAUCUUGUUCCAACCGGUUAUUAAAUAUUAAUUUGCAGCACAAAUAUUGAAUAAACAAGCAAAUGACGUCAUGGGUAUGCUGAUACUUCGUCCAAUGAAAACUAACAAUAAAAUAAACAAAGGGGAAUUGACUCCUGCACAAAAAUUGAAUAAACACGCAAUGAUGUCAUGGGAUGUAAACUAAGAAUCAGCCAAAUAAUUGAUUAUUUUUACUCAAUGGAACUCAAGUGUUGUAACAUUGGCAUUAUAUAUUACCUGCAAUUAAUUAUAAUUUAAUAUGCUAGUUUUUUUAUGUCAAAAUUAAUUAGAUUCAUUGUGUAGCAAGGUUGAAUAAAUAGUAUUCAUCCCAUUCCUUUAUCUGUGCAAGCCUAAUUUAUUAAUAACACCCCCCCCCCCCACCCACACACACACACACACUUUUCUCCCUUUCUAUGAAAGAAUAAUAAAUCUCAUGACUUACAUUACAAUCCCAUUCCUUUAUCUGUGCAAGCCUAAUUUAUUAAUAACACCCCCCCCCCCACCCACACACACACACACACUUUUCUCCCUUUCUAUGAAAGAAUAAUAAAUCUCAUGACUUACAUUACAAUUUUUAUCGUAGAAUGAUGUAUUUUGUUGUGUUAAUUGAAAAUAUAGUACCAGGUCCAUUUUUGCAACUUUUUAGACUACAGUAGCCAAGGAGCAGCAGGAAUACUGCAGACAAAUGUGACAUAUCCAUAUAAUCAAGCUCAAGCACAGUUUGCCCAACAGCAGUUGGGUACUGGGGUAAGAUAACCACAUUUAUAAGGAUCAUAUACACCCCUCUACACACAUGUUACAAGCUUUGGAAAAAAGAAGAACUUAAUUCAGAUAUUUAUAUCAUAAUGCAGAUAUUAUUAUUAAAUUUUAUAUUACCAUUGCAGAUUUUAAAAAGCCUGUUUUAAAGUUGUUAUGAAUGAUUUAUGGAAUUUGGACUUCCUCCCACCAUUGUUAAAAAGACUCCUAUCUUGUGGCUAGGGCCCCCACAACUGAAUUACAAGUUUGGCGGUUGCUAAAUUGUGGUGUAUUUUGAUUUAUUAAAAAAUAAUUAUGAAGAAAUUUCUGUUCAAUUAUUAAGCGUAUUAUAUAACUUUUUUUAGCCUAAUAUGCAGACUGCUCAGGGGGCUCUUCUCCCUCAACCAGGCCUCACCCUACAGACUCCAUUGCCAGGAAAUAAUUCACAGGUUUGUUGUUAACAAAAAGUGUUACAUUGCAAUAUCUUUUUCAAAUAAUCUUUUUUUAAAAAAAAUUUAAGUUAGAAAUGACGCGCCAAACAAUGGAGCCAGCAAGUGUGAACUUUAAAAACUGCUAAAGUUACUUUACAAAGCAUUAAUUUAAGUAACACAAUUUAUAAGAAUUCUAAUUAGUGCUAACUUCUGGGAAUUUUAUUUUGCAUGCCUAUAGAACACAGAGAUAGAGCUGCACAUACAGUAACUAGAGAAUAAUGGGAGUCGCUUAGUCGAUUGAUUUGUCACGUGAUGAGAGUAAAAACGAGUAAGACUUCCGGUAGGCUGUAUACAACGCACUAGUGCUUGACAACAGUCGCCCGAUACACACUACAACUAGUAAUUCAAGAUGCCUAGGCAAUGUUCGGCUUUUGGCUGUUCAAACAGUCAAGUUAAGGACAGCGGUAUAAGUCUGCAUAAGUUUCCGCUUAAGGAUAAAGAAAAUUUAAGACAAUGGCUUGACAAAGUGGACCUUUGUUAAUUAUUCACAUGAAAUCUUGUUCCAACCAGUUAUUAAAAUAUUCCUUCGCCGCACCAAUAUUGAAUCAACACGCAAAUGACGUCAUGGGUAUGCUGACAUUUCGUCCAAUGAAAAUUAACAAUAAAAUAAACUAAGGGGAAUGACUCCUGCACCAAUAUUGAAUAAACACGCAAAUGACGUCAUGGGCAUGUACGGAGCUCACAACAGCCUGCCGAUGAUAGUAUUGAUAGUUCCCAUCGAAUAUCGCCUACAAAUUUGUCUUGAAAUAACUUUCUUCCUUUCAUCAUAACUGACGUAUAUUUAUUGUCACAUUUAUGUAUUUCAUUUAAAAAACGUGUGUAUUCCAGAAUAUUUCGAAAGAUAAAAUUUUUAAGUAACAUGACAUUGGGGAAGCACUGAUGAAGUAUCUUUUGUUGUGUGUAUCAGCCUAGUGAUGGCUUACUCUCAUCACGUGACCAAACAAGGAAGUGACUAAGCGACUCCCAUUAUUUGUGAUAAAUUACAAUAAACAACAAAAAGGCUUCAUGUACAAAAAUUCAUCUGUAUUUUAUUUCAAAAUUAAAUAAUGCACAAUGUUAACAUGAUGCAUAUGCAGACCUGUUUACCAAAAGAGUGUUUGUGUGGGGGUGGGGAUGCAAUCAAAAUCCAAGUUGUGUAAGGAAAUACACUCAACUACUCAUGUACGUUAACCCACUAAUUGUCCAUUACAUGUUUCUGUGCAGGCUAUUUAGAGCUUUUUGGGUGCCUUCGAAAAAGGUGAUUUUUCAAAAAUAAAUACUAUAGCUAGACCCCAUAAAGUAUAUGUUUAUUGAAAGUAGACUGAGUGGGGAAUCAUACUGGCUAUUUUUUAAUAUUUUAUACUCUUUGACUGUGACCUUGACCUUGGAGUGGCCAAGAAUAAAGAAAAUUUUUCUUUUCAAGUGCCUAAAACUACAAUUUUUUAAAGGCAUAUUGUUAUAAUGUUUAUAUAAUAUGACAGCAUUUUUAUUUAUCUUUUAGAAAAUUUAUUAUUUGUACAUGUUUUAGUUAUUAAUAGAUUUAUUUUGAUACGUAUAAUUACGUUCAAGUAACAAAGCUUGACAUAAACAAUAUAAACAUUAGUAAAUCACAUGAAACAGAUAAAAUUUAAAAAGCUGCUAUAUAAAUAUUUAAUCCAUAAAAUGAAAUGUAAGAAAACACAUAGAAAAACAUUAAAUUAUUUUUUGUUGGUACAAAAUCAUCUGCAACAUAGUUUUGAAUGAGUCAUGUUGUUGCGGCAACGCCUGCUCGUUCUAGGCCUAAGGCUAAAUCUAGGCCUAGGUCUAAAUUAUCCGAACUUUCGCUUUCUGACCCACUAGAAGAAUAGUCGGAAUCAUCAUUGUCUUUGUGUGUGAUGGGAAAAUCAGCUUCCGAAAUCACUUAAGUCAUUAACUAAAAAGAAUUAUCAAAAAGAUUCCUGAUUAAUUUUGUAAGUCAGAUGGACCAGCUAUGGCCUCAUCCAUUUAGCGAAAAUCUACUUACGCAAAUUUGCUUGAUAAAGAUCGUUGUAAAAAAUAAAUCCAAAGUUUAAAGAAAGGACACAGAAGAGCGAAAAACAAGUUUAUUUAUUAUUAUUAGGAAGUAACUUUAUUUAGUGUAAAAUAUUUGACUGGAAAUUGUUCUUUCAACGUAAUUUUUACAGGCUGAUAAAAUCGGCCGACACAGUACAGAAAUAGUAAAUCUGGCGAUUAAAUGGGCCAACCACAGUUCGUGGGUUAACACAAAUAUAAAUAUACAUGAUAUAGUCUUCUGAUUUGUUUUAAGAUGAUGAGAAACGUUCUUAGCCAAGCACAUUGGCAGUUAAGUAUUAACACCACAAUGGUAUAACAGAAAAAUUUUAUGCUUGGUUCGAUGAGAUAGAGUCCCCAAAGGCCAAUCACUGUUUUUCUUAUUCUAUUGCUUACGGUGUUAACACAAAAAAUGCUUUAAAUUUUUACUGAAAACACCCCAGUUCUUUAUUUUUUAUUAACAAUAAACCAAACGAGGGAAAAAACUCCCAAAACCAUAGUUUUUUUUUUUUUGGUGCCUCGUAGUGCUUAGUCUAGUGGUUGACAAACUCAUUAGUCAAAAGAGCCAAAAAUCAGCGGCAGAACAUUAAACAAAUUUUUGAGAGCCAAAUUUCUUUUCAAGAACCAUGUUUUUCGGAGUCAAAACUGAUUUGGGGCCGGGCCGGUUGGUGGAGCUGCAUUCAGGUCGCUAAGGUGCGGGGAUUUGCCGACUACUGGCCUUAAAACAUAGUUAAUAGCAGGUCUGCAUAUGUAUGAUGGACUCAUAACUUUUAUUACAAGAUGAUAGUGUAUCAUUCAUUGCUUGGUUAUAUGUGGGCUCUCUUAGAAUUACUGGCCUUAAAACAUAGUUAAUAGCAGGUCUGCAUAUGUAUGAUGGACUCAUAACUUUUAUUACAAGAUGAUAGUGUAUCAUUCAUUGCUUGGUUAUAUGUGGGCUCUCUUAGAAUUACUCUUGAACAGCGGUUCUCAACCUGUGGGUUGCGACCCCUCAAAAGGGUCAUCAAAGGUGUCGCACGACCAUUUCCCAGGGGUCGCCUAAGACCAUCUGAAAAAAUGUGCUCUACAGUUAUGAAGUGGCAACGAAAAAAAUUUUGAGGCUGGAGGUCGCCACAACAUGAGGAACCGUAUUAAAGGGUCGCGGCAAUAGGACGGUUUAGAACCACUGCUCUAGAAGUUGCUUGAUUUUGUACAUUAGCUAACUAGACUGAAAGUUGUGUUCAGUUUAUGAAUAUCUUGGAAUAGGUUGGUACAGUCAGCUAUCCUAUCAAGCCCCAGGGAAAUACUGGAACAUUGGCCAAUCAGAAGCAGAGAAUAUUUACAGGCAGUGUGACAAAGAUGCAUGAAAAUUUUGGCUUUGUUGAUGAAGAAGUUUUUUUUCAAGUGAGGUGAGUGCCUAGAUUAGUCACAUGUUCAAAUUACUCAUAUUUUUUGUUAUCUCUUUUACAGAACAAAAAGGAUGUUGAAUAUUUUUACAGUUGAAACCUGAAAUUCUGAAGCUUAUUAACCCUUACUGUACUGACCUACUUUUUGCUUGUAUAGCCUCAGUCCCCGCUAUUAUUUUGCUAAUUAUUCCCAGACAUUAUUUUGGAAUGAGCCAAAAUUUGAUAGGUUUGAAAAUUAUUUUGUAACUUUUUUGUUCUAAACAAUUAAUAGUAACAUGUAGAGAAUUAUCUGUUCAGAAAUGGAUAAGGGUGUUAAAAAAACUAAAGCGUUUUGUUCAAAAUUUUCUUUGGCAAUGGCACAUUAGGGGAUUGUGCGUAAGUCGUCAUCAAUAUUGUAGCGCCACGGAAACAACAAAUACAGAUCCGCCCCAAAAAAUCAGUAAUUAAUCGAUUUUAAUAAUUUAAAGGCAAAUUAAAAUUUGACCAUUCCCUAACGAAUAAACAGUCUGACCGAGAUUGAGGUGAAAGGUUAUAUCCUCGUUUCUGUGUUCAUAUUAAAUGCCCCUCUAUGUGGCAAAUAGAAGCGCUUGGGCCACAGGGAAAACGAUCGGCUGGUGAAAAAAGACGUGCUUUGGUCACAGGGAAAAAGUAGGUCACUGCAAAAAGACGCGUCUGCCACUGUAAAGGUUAACUUGUAAAACUGUCAAAAAAUUAGUUACAAAGUUACAAGUUAGGUCGGUGUGGAUUAGCAGUGGUAAAUCAUCUCAUCAAAUUUGUUAAUUUUGUGGGAAUUAAACAUUUUAAGGAUGAAAAGAUUAUGUUUUUUUUUGGUAAACUUUUGAUUACAUUCAGCAUUAUGUUAAUAAAUAUAUUUGUAUAUUCAUCUAAUCGUUUUAUGUUCUAGCUGUGUCAAAGGAUUGAUUCCCAAGGUUGGGGACAAGGUGCUUGUCGAGGCAUCAUACAAUGCCAAUAUGCCAUUCAAAUGGAAUGCAACCAGAGUUAUUGCAUUGGUAAUGUUUACAAUCAUGUUUUAUAUACCAUCAUAUAUUUCAAAAUUCAUUAGGCUUAUUAUUAAUACUAUGAAUAUACAAUAAAAUACAAUGUAUGACCUGAAGGGUCAUAAUUUUUGCAUCUCUGGAACUGUUUACCAGCCAAAUAACAAGAUUAAAACACUAUUGUAGCCAGAGUAGUAAUGAGAUCAUUUGAAAACUUCCAUUUUUGGUGUGGUUUUAAAUCAACAUAUUAUUCAUGUUGAAUAAUGUUGAAUUUUAAGUAUAGACUUAACAAAUGCCAAAACUCAUCAUUUGAAAAACCACUUGCUAUUCUCCACCUUUGCUCUCUUAAUAAUGUUAGGAAUUUUUUUUUAAAAUUCUGUACUGAAAUCUUUGACUUUUUAAAAAUUAUAAGAUAUCAAAUGAUUGUCCUUAUACUUAAAGCCAGAUGCUAUGGGCAACAACCAGAUGCUUGCCAUGCAACAACAGCAUCAACAACAACAGCAGCAGCAACAACAACAACAGCAGCAACAACAACAAUUGAAAGCCAUACAGCAGCAAGCGAUUGGUUUGAUGGGGGCCACUGGUUUAAUUGGAGGAAUAGCUGGUUUGUCUGGGGGUCAAGGCCUCCUGAGUAAUCCACCGGGGCCUCCUCCACUUAUGACAGGGAUUGGAAAAUUUCCAGGUGGAAGUGAGUUCUUAAUUAGUCAUAUCUCUAUGUUCUAUGUUUGGCUCAUCUCUAUGUUUUAUGUUUGUCUCAUCUCUUUGUUCUAUGUUUGUCUCAUCUCUAUGUUCUAUGUUUGUCUCAUCUCUAUGUUCUAUGUUUGUCUCAUCUGUUCUAUGUUUGUCUCAUCUCUAUGUUCUAUGUUUGUCUCAUCUCUAUGUUCUAUGUUUGUCUCAUCUCUAUGUUCUAUGUUUGUCUCAUCUCUAUGUUCUAUGUUUGUCUCAUCUCUAUGUUCUUAUUUGUUACAUCUCUACGUUCUUUAUUUGUUACAUCUCUACGUUCUAUGUUUGUCUCAUCUCUUCCCACCAUCUGGGCAUUAAUUUUUAAAAACGUAAUAAUAUAUAUAUAUAAGAAAAACAGUGUGUGCGCCUCGGGAUUUUAAUUAAGAGCCAACAAGGAUCAGAUAAACAUAUUGAAUGGCUAGCUUAGAUUUGACAUCCUUGAUUUUUAUGGGGUAUUUUUAAAGAGUAGAAAAAGGUAUUUGAUGGUUUAUGCCUAUAUAAACAAUAUCUCUGAUUGUAUAGCUAGCAUGACAGACUAUUGUGCACUGCAUUUGUUUACAGGUUUAUUUAACUCCGGCAAUCGGUCUGGCAUCAACACUGGGCCGGGCUUGCUGGGGGAUCCUGUACCAAGAAAUUUAAUGGCAAACAAAGAUCAAAGAGGCAUGGGCUUGGGUGGAGGGCUCUCAUCCAAUGAGCCGUUAAAGGACAGGGAAAGAAGGGACAGAGAAAGACGCGAGCGGCGGGAAGCAAGGCGCAAAAGAUCUAGAUCACCAGUUAAGCGAUCACGCUCUCCUCCUAAACGAUCACGUUCCCCUCCGGCACGUGCACGCAGUCCUCGUAGUCCACGAAGCCCUCCAAAACGCAGAGUGGUACGACCUCCACCGAGAUAUGUUGUUCAAGUACCAAAGAUUCUAUUAGAUGUGUGAGUAGAGCCUCUCAGCACUCUCUUUCAAUUCUUAGUUUUGUUUAAACUUAAGAAACAGACUUUUACUUAAAGUCUUUAUAUUUUGUAUUGCCUGUUGUAAGAAGUGUUAAGAAAUACCAGUAUAUGUUUUACCUUGUUUCAAAUGUUUACCUAAAGAAAACAAAAAUUAGAUAGCAUUAUUUUAACAAGCAAAUUUUCCAGUCAGGAAACCUGUGUGGUGUCUCUGAAGAACAAGUACAGUAACUUGUAUAUACCAAGCGAUUUUUUCCAUGGCUCAUUUUCCUGGGUAGAGAAUUUUCCCCUCACAAGGCCAUUUACACUGGGUCAAGCGUGCAGUUUUCAUGUCAUGCACAAAGAUGUUCCACCAAUCAAACCAGAGACUGCUGUCCAUGAGCCCAGUGAUGCUGAUCAUCUAUUCAGUGCCAAGGUAAUUUUCAGAGAAUAAUUUUCAGCUUAGAAAAAUAAAGGUAAAUAUGACCACUGACAUAAACAAAAUAUCUCUUAAGAUAUAAACCUAAGACCAAAAUUUCAAUCUUGCUUCUUCUUCUAGGUGAUGCUUUUAGCAAGUCCAUCUGAUGAAGAACUAUACAAAAAGUCUUGCUGCCUUGCUGAAGAUCUUCCUGAUGGAUUAGAAAACUUCCAGCAUCCAACUCGUCUGUUACAGUUUCUUGUUGGGACUCGGGGCAAGAAUGAACCUAUGGCAAUAGGGGGUCCAUGGUCCCCAUCUCUAGAUGGACCCAACCCACACACCAACCCACUGGUCCUCAUCAAAACUGCCAUCAGGACCACCAAAGCUCUUACAGGCAUUGAUCUCAGCUCUUGUACUCAAUGGUAAGAUAUUAGUCCUCUUCUUUAUAGACAUUUUAUUAUCUUAUAGUUGCCAAAUAAUGUUAGUACAUGGUGAGUUCCUUGAUUUAAUUUUGAUUUCUUUAAUAAAACAUCAGUUUUCAACCUUUAUUAUUUGAGGACACAUUAUUUGAUUAAUUAUUUCAGUUUUGUGCAAUUUAACUAAUGAGAUGUUUCAGUAAAGAUCAGAGCCCAUGCAAAUUAUUAUCAUUAUUAUUAAUACCUAUUAAAAUUAGUUGGCAUAUAAUACAGAUAUCAUCUUAUUUUGUAAGUUGGUAUAUUGCCCCCCACCAUCUUUCCACUCCAAAUUCUUUAUAUUAGUUCUAUUUCCAUAUAUUAAAAUCUUGCGAUUCAUCAGUGCAUCUUUAUGAACUGGUUAGAAAAUGCUGUUGUUGAUAGAUAUUACUUAAAUGUUUUUUCUCCUGAAGUAUCCCAUACGGGUUUAAAGAUGAGGACUGCAGCAUUUUUACUUGGCAUGUUUGUUCUUCAAAUUGUUGUCAAUGACUGUUCAAUCUUAUUUUAGCUAUUUUAGUUUAGCUUUGGCAUAAUCAUUUUUUCAUUGAUUUAAAAAAACUGAGGUGCAGCAAGUCUAAAGAAGCCAGAUAUUUAUUUUCUUUGACUCUUUUAAAAACAAUCUUUUUGCCGCUACAUUUAUGUUACUGGUUGCUGGACUAAACUCGUGACCUUGACCCUAUCCCAAACCAUCCUUUGGAAUCAUUUGUGCGUGUGUAUCUCGAUGCACUGUAUUCUGUAAUAUUCCCCGAGUGUCCCCGGGCUUGUGUAGUCAGCAAGUUUCUUCAGUUCCCUGUGCCAUACAUCUCUAUUUGUUGGCAGGUACCGCUUUGCAGAGAUCCGCUACUUCAGACCAGAGAGUAAGCACAAAGACCGGGUACAGCCCGCCCGGGUGGAAACUGUGGUCCUUUUCUUACCUGACGUGUGGACUUGCAACCCAACCCGUCUGGAGUGGAAUUCCCUCCAGGCGGCCUAUCAGAGACAACUCCAGCAGAAACUGAACCCCGAGUCCGCUCAGCAACAGGCACUGUUAUAAAACAUUAUGUAUUCUCCCCGUUCCCUUGCUCUUUUUUUACAUUCAUUCACAGAUAGCUUGGCUCGUAUACUUGCCUUUAGGAUCUCGAUAUGAAAGGCGUCAAACGUUGGGGGUCUUUGCAAGAGUUGCCAUGACAUUGGGAGGAGUAUUUUUUUUAACCCCUUUGACCAAAUAAUGUUUGCUUUCCCAAAAGUUGUUUGUAUACUUUCUACAAGCUUGUAUGAAAGAGCCAGAAACUUAGCUCCAGGGAACUACCUGUUGAAGUACAACGUACCUUAACUGUCCUUUUUUUCACUUCAGUAUAGCAAUAAACUUGAUCUUGCCAGGCAUUGAUACAACGAUCUUUUUCCAUUUCUUUAAUUUUAAUCAUAAAAAUCUCAUCUCAGAUAUUUGUAUAAUUUGUCACUAUUAUUUAUCGGCCCUUCCCCAAACCCAUCAUCUUAGUCGUCACAAGAAAGCCUGGUGGUCACCAUUAUGGGUAGAUUUAACAGAAUUUCCUAUUAACUCAUAUUCCCGUCCACUUGACUCGCUCUAAUACUCAAUUUAAUGGCUUAUAUCCCUAGGAAGAAGAAGAAGGUGAAGAACAGGGAAGUGAUGAAAAAGUUGAACCUUCACAUUUUUCAACUCUUGAUCCCAAAGUGAUGAAGGUUUGUCUACCUGGGACUUACCGUACAACAGUACAACUUGUACUAACUUGUUUAGUUCUGAUGUCAGCAUGUUAAACAAGGAGAAGCCUUAUUUCAUUCAGUCAUUACAUGAGUUUUAUGACGACUUCCUCUCAUUUAAAAACUAUGAUUUUAUUGUUCCUCAGGUUGGGGAUUUAAGACAAGAGCUAGAGCUUCGCAACAUCAGUCCCAAGGGACUCAAGUCCCAACUUAUUGCUCGGCUGACCAAAGCUUUGAAAGCUGAACAGGAGAAAGACCAGGAAGACAAGGAGAUGGAGGCAGAGAAAGCCGCUGUAGGUUUUGUCUAUAUCACAUUUGAUGUAUGCCUGUCACUUCAGGAAUGUUUAACUUUUUAAAACAAUAAAUUGACCUUAAGCAAUUUUCAGAAAUAAAGACAUAUUUUUGGAAUGAUUACACUAGGAAAAAAUUCAAUGAUGAAAACAGUAGAGCCAGAUUUAAUUUGAUGAAACACUAGCAAAUUAGCAUUCCAAAAGUGCAGCGAGGGAUAAUAAUUUAAUUGACUCAUUAUUAAUGUUGAGAAUGCUUCCUCUUAUUUCUAUAAGGAGGAGGAGGCUGCCAAAGCGGAGGAUGAGAAAGACAGAGAAUCUGAAGAGGAAGAGAAAAGUGAGAGUAAAAAAAAAGAGGUAAGGUAAAAUGUUAUAGAAGAAAUGGAUAAUAAAUUAUUGUGUGUAAAGACAGUAAUUCAUCACUUGCUAUUGUUGUUGUUAUUUGUUAUCAACUCAUCACUUGUCAUCAUUGGUGUGUAGUGAUAUUAUGCUUGUAGCUUAGUCAACAUGCCUUCUCAUCACUCUAUCAUUUGUAAAAGAAAAAAAGCUCACCAAGGGAUUUUCCACAUGGGUUUUUACCUACAGACUUGGGUCUUAGCCAUGUUAACCCUUUUACGGGGCAGAGGUACUUCCUCUUGCAUGUCCUGAACGGGCACCACUUUUCCGUUUUUUAGUAAAAUUUAGGGUUACGUUACAAAAAAAAACAAAUCUAAGGUGUUAAUCAACACAUUUGUGUGAAAUAAAAAGCAAAAUAAAGGAAAAUGAAUGCAGAUUUAUAAUUGUACUCACAUGUUGCCAUUAAUCCUUAUAUGAACACAAAUAUUUGCAAAAAGCAACAUAUUGUUUGUGAUUGUGAGUCAUCUAUUUACUAUUUACAAACACUGCCACAAAAUCGAAGUUUGUAAAAUUCAACACUGCUUACUACGCUGAUUUCACUAAUAUUACUAAUAAUAUAAACAUCUAGUUCCAAUUUACAGUCAAUUCGUGCACUUAAAUGUCACUUGAAUUGCAUCCAGCGAAAUCUCAGCUAUCACUUGAAUAAUCGGCAAAUAAUCGGCAAAAUUCAUUUCGAAAUUUUUUUUUUUUAAAAUCCCUAAAACUACACACAAAAAAAUCGAUUAAAUACUUGUAACUGGCGCCUACUCUAUUUAGCUAUCGGAAAAACCGGAUGUAAACAAUAGGAAGUCUCGCAAAGCCUCGGAGGUCACGAGAAAACAACACUAAGUCGUCACGUACGCUUUUGGGCGUUUUGCCCUUUAAGUGGUAAAGACGUUUUCGGCCGCUCUGCCCCGUAAAGGGUUAAUAUAUGUUUUUUGUCGAAAAGAAGGUUAUCAGUUUUUGAAAUCUAUUAGUUUUUUUACCAUGCAUUCCCAUUAGCCCUUUCAAACCUAUUUAAUGUCAAAAUUGGAAAUAAACUUACAUAAAAGUUACAUUUUAUCUGUGACUGUGUGAAAAAAAAUGGACUAAUUUUAAUUGUAUACUUACUUCUAGGAGGAAGAGCUGCAGAGGAAAGAAAAGAGAGAGAGGGCUGUAUUGGAGCGUCGCUACAAACUGCCAGACACCCCAUCUAUACUAGUCCAUCCAUCUGCUACAGCCAAGGGUGGGAAAUUUGACUGUUCUAUUAUGUCUCUCAGCUUGUUGCUUGAUUAUAGACCAGAGGACAAUAAAGAACAUUCCUUUGAGGUAUGUGCUACUUGACCACCCCACCAUAAGUUGAUUUCUACUUGACAUUCAUUCCCAUCCUGUGCCGUACACCCAGAAAAAAAAAGAAAAUGGUUAUAAAAUAUUGAUGUUAAAAUAUUGCAACUGAAGUAGUCUAAAUGAAAAAAUGGAUACCAGUACCAUAAUAAUUUUGAGAACACACAAUAUAGCUUCUUAUCUAUUUCUAAGGUGAAACUUAUUUUCUGAACCUACAUUUACAUUUUGUAUGCACUGUAACCAUGUUUCAGUUUUUUUUUUUUAAAUGUAAAUUUAUCUUAUCCCUGAUAGAUGUAAAAUCCGUAAAUAUAUAAUUCAGGAUAAAAUAGUUCUAAUAAAUAGUGACAUUUUCUUUAACAGGUUUCACUCUUUGCUGAACUUUUUAAUGAAAUGCUGAUGAGAGACUUUGGUUUCCAAAUUUACAAAUGCAUUGUCUGUGCCCCUCUGAAAAGGGAAGAAGAUAAGAAAAGGGAAGAUAAAAAGGAUAAGGAAGACAAGAAAGAAAAAGAGGACAAAAAAGACAAAGAUGAAAAAGACAGAAAAGAUGAGAAAAGGAGCAAGGAAAAAAAUGAUGUACGUGCAUUAUUCGUUUUAAUCAAAUAGCUCUGCAGCAAACUUCAAAUGGAUGAAAAAUUUCACUAUUUACUUAAACAUGGGAUUAUUAUAAUUUUAAUAGACCUUUCCCUAAGGUCAAUUAACCCAAACAUUUUUGUUAUAAGAAAUAAUACUUUUUUAUUUUGUUUAAAUUUUAGGAGCCAAGUCCUAAACGAAAGAAGUCAGAUGAAAAGGUUUGUAAUUUUUCUUUAAAUUUUGAUUUUCAGUUCAGAAAUUUGGGGUGAUCUUUAGUUCUGGACAACAGCCUAAUAGUUUUUGUAAGUUCUCAUGUAAGGUUUUAUUUUCCAGGAUGACCGAGAUGAAAGGAGAGAUAAGGAAGACAUGGAUGACAGCAGUACUUAUGGAGAUAGAGAUGAUGAUGAGGUGAGAUAACACAAUAAGAAUCAAUCUUUAGAGUCUAAUAAAUAUUUAUUAUUAAAUCCCCAAAUGAAAUUGUUUUUGUUAUACACAAUUAUAAUAUUAUUAAAUUUAUUAUAAAUAUUUUAAAUUGAAUCAUUAUAUUACCCAUUUAUUCAAAUGUACUCUGAUAAAUAUUUUAUUGUCAUGAAAAUACUCCAAAUUAUUAAUAUGAACUUUAAUUGGUAUAUAAAUUAAUUAAAAUUACAUUAAAAGUUUAAUUCAAAAGUUAUUUAAAGAUUUAUUUAUUUGAAAAUCAAUUGUACAGGUUAAAUUGAUCAAAGCAGACAUAAAUAACUGAUAGCAAGGAUUUGGAAAUAAUAAGAUGGAAAAGGGACACAUAAAAAACAAAUUCUUAGUUAUGAAACAAACAUUAAUUCUAUGCUUUUCAAAGUAAAAGAGUUUAGUGAUUCUUCUACUGAAAAUGUCAAAAUAAAUUGUUUCUUAAAGAUAAGCUGCAAGUGAUAGACACCUAGAUUUUGUGUAAGAUAUGGCAAUACUAUAACUUUAAGUAAAAAAUGUAGAAUGUUUUCAAUGGAAAUUAAUAUUCCUCUUUCUACUGUGAUUUUUCUUAGAUAAAAGUAAAAUAUUUAAGUAUCCUAGCUACUCUUUCUAAAGCCCUUUAAUUCAUAAGCUGACGACCAUCUCACUUAUUUAGAUAAAGCCUGAAAAGUGUAUAAUCCACUUGUGGUGGAUAGAAGUUGUCUAAGAGUAGGUCCCUUCCGUAUGGCCUCAGAAACAAUGUAAGAGUCUAGAACUCUGUUGCCAUCUCCUAGCUCCAACAAGGCUGAUGUGUUGUGUCAAGUCAAGGAAUUACGAGGCUGUUUCAAUGUUCAGUUUUCUUUAAAUAUUAACCCCUUCAUUACCGUUAUUUUUUUUUUAUUUAAAAAAAUCGAUAUUUGCUGACUCGGCAAUAAAAACUUUAGAAGAAAUUUUCGUUUUUUUUUUCACCCUCUAUCGGAUUCGCUUUUUAACUUCUCUAUAGAUUAACAAAUAAAAAAAUAUAUAUAAUUGAAAUAUGACGUCGACGUGACGUCCUUGGUAUUUCAGAAAAUUUCUUUGCCUCUUUGUUAUGACAACAAUGUGACGUCCUUGGUAAUUGAAAGUGGGCGAUCGUGAAGUUGCAUCGACAUCAUCUGUAGCGAAGUGGUUAAUAUUCUAGGUAAAACCACAGUCCACAACAAAGCCUAACCAGUAAUAACUGGCAUUCAAAAUAGUAAAUAAAGGCGCUCAACUCAUCAAAACUCCAACUCAUUAAUUCUAACUCAUUAAUUCUAACUCAUUAAUUCUAACUCAUUAAUUCUAAUUCACUCCUAAACCAAAAAGAACUAUGUUCACUGUUGCUCACAAAAAAUGUACACACUUUUUUCCAACAUGCAGCCGCUGUCAUCCAUGGCUGAGAUAAAUUUAAGAUUAAUGGGGAAAUAACAAUAGGAAAAAAAUAACAUCGUUCACUCUCAUAUGAUAAACAUCACGACCUGAUACAUCAGAACUACGUCACGUAAUCUGACUGUGACACCACUCAUAAGCCAACCCCAAUAAAACAGUAACCCAGUUUCAGCAAAAUGGUACCAAAGAAUAUGUAGAAUGCGAUUAAUGCUGGAGCUAAAAACUACUAGGUAGUGGCACCAUCUUCUUCAGUUACUUUAUUUUCAUGUCAUGCUUUUUAAACGAUGGCAUAAAGGUUUGAGUAUUAAAUGUUGAAAUCAAAAUUUGUAUCCUCCUCAUCCUCAUGUCCCUUAGUCCUUGGACCGUUGGGGCGCCACAGAUGACACGUGAACCAUCCUCCUCCAUUCCUCUCUGUCUUCAGCACUACGCACUGCAUCGCCCAGUGUUAGUCCUGUCCACUCUUUGAUGUUAUCCUCCCAUCUUUUUCUUUGGCUUCCUGUUCUUCUCCCUCCUUUUGUGGUGCCCUGCAAUAUUUCUUUGGCAAGCCCUUGUUUCCUUGUUACGUGGCCGUACCAUUGCGUUUUUUCACAGUCACCAGUAGGUCAUCGUACUCCCCAAUCGCCUGGCGAACCCUUUCUUUCACUGUAUCAUUGGAGAUAUGGUCCCUAUAGCAGAUGCCAAAAAUGCUUCUGAAGCAUCUCAUCUCCAUCGCCUUUAUUUUCCUUUCAAGAUCGGCUGUUAAUGUCCAGGAUUCACAUGCAUACAGGAAAAUGGAGAGGACUAAUGAGCGCAUCAGCCUGAUUUUGGUGCUGGGGGCUAUAUUUUUGUCAUUCCAUAUUUUCUUGAGCUUUUUAAGUGCUGUUGUAGUCUGCGCAAUCCUGGACAUCAGUUCGGGCUUGGAGCCUUCUUCUGAGACUAUUGCUCCUAGGUAUUUGAAGCGGCCAACAGUCUCUAAUCUUUCCUCCCCGACCUUAAUUUCAGUGGUGAUGCCUGCGGUAUUAUUUGUCAUCAGUUUUGUCUUUUCGGCACUGAUUAGCAUGCCGUAGGACGACAAGGUCUUAUCGAGACGCUUUACCAGGUUGACUAGCUCUUCUUCGUUCCCAGCCAGCACGUCUAAGUCGUCUGCAAAGGGUAGGUCGGUGAUUGUUCUGCCACCAAUGCUGACUGUCCCUUCAUGCGCUUCCAGAGCAUCUGACAUAAUUCUCUCUUGGAAGAUGUUGAAUAGGGUGGGGGAGAGCAGGCAGCCUUGUCGUACUCCAACCGUGGUCUUGAACAAUUCUCCGAUAUUUUUGUUGAGGAAGACUUCACUGGUGUAUAACAGGACAUUAAAACUUUGUUUUGUUUCAAGAAGAAAAUAAAUUAGAUAAAUAAUUAAGUUUAUUGAGGUUAGUUCAGAUUUUUAAAUAAUAUGGGACGAGCACAUUAAUAAUGUGUGCUUCCAUGCAAACAAGACUCUAGAGUUUCUGAGGCGAAAGCUGAAUAUUGGCAACUUAGUUGUGAAAGAAAAAACCUACAAAGUCAUUGUUCGGCUGCUUUUAGAGUACGCAUCUUCAGUCUGGUACCCAUUCACUCAGAAGAGCAUCGACAGGUUGGAGGAGAUCCAUCGACGGGCCGCAUGCUUUGUCCUGAACCGCUACAGAAACACCUCAAGUGUUGGCCGCAUGCUGGAAACACUGGGCUGGUCACCAUUUGAGGAACCACGACAACUAUCCAGGCUCUCUAUGAUUUACAAGAUAAAAAAUGGGCUGGUCUACUGCUCCAUAAUUUAACAGAAACUCACCCCUCUCCCCCCUGUGACAGUGACGAGGCCACAACAGGCAGUUCCGGCUAAUAAAAACAAGAACUCAGUACAGGAGCUCCUCAUUCCUUUCAAAGACAAUAAGUGACUGGAACAAGCUUCCAAAAGCAACAGUUAAGGGAUUACACUUGACACAUUUGCAUCUAUUGCCUCCUGUCUUCCAACCCCCAGUUCAUAAUACCAUUCCUGAGUAGCCCUUGAGUGAAGUAUCCCCUUGAAAACCAUGCACAGUUACAUCGCGAACCCCUCUGAAACAUAGGAGCCAGAAUGAUCAAUUCAUUGAUCGUGGGCCCUAAAAAUAUAGAAGAAGAAGAUAUAGUAAUGUUUUUGAAUGUUGUAGAUCAGUGUGUCCCAAAUGGCUGUCUCUUGACUGGCAUUGGUCUGCACAAGAUAAAUAUUUAUGGACUUAUAAAGAACAAUAAUUAAUAAAUCUGGCACCCCUCCCUGGUGCAAUGUCAAAAACGCUUGUCAUGUGUAUGGAAGAUUAACUAGGCAACUUACAAAACAAUUUCAUUAUUCAAUGUACCUGGAGCAAAUCACACAACUCUUCUAUGACGCACACAUAAACCCACAACCUGAAAAUAUAUUACCAUUAUAUAUUUUUUCUUAAAGUCAGCUUUAGAUGGAGUAAAUACAAUAAAUGUGUUUAUGAAAUGGGUGAUUAAUUGAUGUUGUUUAUUCAGUUUUCUUUACCUCACCAGGAUAGAGAUGAUGAUGACAGAAGAGAGAAAGGUCAGCUUCAAAUAUAAAUUAAAUCAUUUAUAUUUCAGAUGAUGUAAAAUAUCAAAAUGUAAUGAAACUUAACUGUGCAUCUCUCAUAAUUUGUGAUUUCUUCAAUAUAAAAAUAGUUCAAAUCAUAAUGGAUAAGGGGAAAAAAAUGGGCUAACAUUUUAUUAGUAAAAAGUAUAUGUUAACCAACAAGCUUUUUCUCUUACAGAUGGGAAGAAGAAAAAGAAAGAUGAGGAAAAGAAAAUGAAGACAGUGGAGCCCCAUUUAUUGCUUGCAUUUUCUUACUUUGAUCAAAACCACUGUGGGUAUCUGAAUGACAAAGACACAGAGGACAUCAUUCACACUCUUGGUCUUAAACUGUCAAGGGCUCAAGUAAAUAGCUUUUCAUUUUUGAUAAAGCUUUCAUUACAUUAAAUAAUUGUCGUAGGUCGUUGAAUGAAAUCUUUCAACCCUGAAAUGGCUCCGACGAUUUUAAAUAUAUUCACUAUAUAAGUGAUACAACAAAGAGGGCUUAUUGGAUGAUUAGAACUGAAUUGUUCACGCUUGUAUCAAAUAUGAAUUCACUUGGUUAGCUGCAAAGCUGGUAAGAUUAUUUGAAUGAUCUUCUAUAUUUGAAUGAUCUUCAGUUUAUUAGUUAACAUUAAGGAGGUAACCGCAGUUCUGGAGUCCUUCUAUGCCACUACUUUUAACAGUUUGUAUUAGUCCAUUGAGUUGAUUAGAGGUAUAAAAGAAGUAUAAACAAUUGAAAUAUGAAAUAUAAAUAAUUUUCUUUCCAUUAGAUAAAAAAACUACUACAGCGAGUAGUACAAAAAGAGGCCUUCCAUUAUCGUCAUUUGACCGACAGUGAAGUAGAUGACAAUGGUGUUCCAGUCAAACCAGAGGAAGACGGGACUGCCAAUCCCAAACCUGAACUAGAGCACUUAGCUAAAGGUGAGAAUUGUGCUCCAAUACUUUUCUAUUGAAGUGGGUCCUGUAUUAGUCUCUAAAGUUGAGCUCCAGUAUUUGUCUAUGUCACAUGGGGGUCUAGUGUAUUAUUCUGACCAUUUAAAGCCUUUUUUUAAACAACUGAUAUUCUUCCAUCAACAUUUACUAUAAAACUAAUUAUACAUUAAGAUUGGAUUAUUUACUUAGUGAUGGUUUUCAAAACUGCAAGGGCAUCUGCACCAAAAUCUUAAAUUACAAUUAGAGAUCUAUAUCUUUAAAUCUUUUUUUUACAAUUUUAUUACAAAAAAAAAGAAUUUAAAAAAAUACUAUCUGAUGGCGUUGUUUGAAAAGAAGACAUUAUAUUAUUUUAAUUGAAACAUGUUAAUGUUAGUCAUUUAAAGAUCAUGUCUUGUCCUUUUAGGAAAUAAAGAAAGCCUCCGAAAACUUCUUGAACUGUCUGGUGUCAAAACUGAGUCAACUUGUCAAAGUGCAGCUUCCUCAACAGUCAGUGACAGCGAUAACCCCAACUUUGUGUACUACAGGGGAGCUUUGUUGGACAUUGAGUCUUUAAUGCAGCGACUGGAUAGGAGUGAAAAGUCACGUACAGCUCUGGAGAAGAAUUUGCAGGAUCUGACUGAAGAGCUGAGUAAGUUGUCUUAAAUUUGUGGUCUUAUCGUGGCACAAGACACGACGUGGUGGUCCGAGGCAUGGGUUUGUUAACUUAAUUUUUUGGGUUAAUUUUGAGAUUUAAGAAAGUAUCAUUUUUGUUUCAGAAACUGUGAAAACAAAUUUACAGGAAGAAGAGAAUACAAGCUCUAAACUCCAACAUGACCUGCGUAAAUUUCGAACUGAAUUAGACAAGGAAAAGAUGUUGUACAAUGCUGCUGAAUCUCUGAACAAGGAGUGGCAUAAAACAGCCAGUGAGACAAAGUAAGAUUGAAUUAUUGGUGUAAGCCUGUACAGCAUUAAAUACUUUAUGGUUAAAUAGAGAUCUUUUAUUAAAGAUUUGUUUCAAAUUGUAAAGAGAGGUUUUUAAGAAUUUGAAUGUUGAUUAUUUAGCAAAAUUCAUAUUUGCAUAAACUUUUGGAACUUAAUAUUGAUACCUGUUAUUUAAUACCUGGAAGAAUGAUGUGGAAACAGAAUCUUUAUGUUAGGCAUUUAAUACCUACAAAAAUAAGGGGCGAAUAGAAUAAAAAUAAAUUUUAAGCUUCUUGCCUUCAGUUAUUUGAAUUUAUUCCAAUAUUUGUGUGUGGAUUAUUAACAAUCAAUGUUCAGCCAAGUUCAACGACUAUUGACUUUGAGUUUAAUUAAACACUAAUAGUUGCUAUGGCUAGACAUUUGCUAGCUCAAAUUUUUGUGACUAUAUCACAAAAUAAAAAGAUGUGGGAGAUUGUCGAAAAAUAAUUACACUAAAACCUAUAACAAUAUAUAUGUGACUUUGAUUAUUAUUAUAAAUUCUUUGCGAUGUUAAAUUGAUGAUCAUAAAUUCAAUUAACAAAAACAUUCUGUUUUUAUCAGAUCCUUCAUGAUGAGUGCAUUAACCAGCAUUAAUACGAUGUUGAACAAAGAUGAGAGCAAAUCAAAGUCAGAUGACCACAAGUUAAGAAAUGAUGACCACAAAUCUCGCAACGACGAUCACAAGCGGAAAGAUGUCAAAAAGGAGUCAGAGGAUAAAGAAGUAAAGCAGGAAAUAAAAAAAGACAAGGAAAUUUUUUAGAAAAUUUAAUUGUAUUAAUGCUACUUCCCAGCUCACUUCUGUCAUAAUGCUUUAAAUAAAUAUCUUCAGUUUCAACAGGAAGGAGUCAGAUUCAUGUGAUGGAAUUCAUAUAAGAUUUUAAAAUGUUAUUAUUUAAAAGUGCUCACAGGUUUUCAUGAACAUUUUUAAAAAGAAAGAUAUGUAGCAUCGAGUAUUUAGAUUAUUGUGGCAUUAUCUUUAGGUAGAACAGAUUAUGUUGGUCCUGGCAAUCAGUCUCUAUUUGAUUUUAGUGAAGCGUUUCUUAUUUGACCCCUAGAACAAACAGUAUCAGAGCCCAUAGCCUAGUAACUCACUUUAUUGUUGCUUGUAUAAUUUUUAGGAUUCCUAAAAAAAAAAAAUUCCCUGUGAAAUAACCAUUUUUUUAUAAAACCGUUCCUGAGAUGAUUAUCUUACUUAAGACCUUUUAUGAAAAUCUUAAACAUUUUUUUCCCAUUAAUUAAGAUUCUAGGCAUGUUC